GUCAGUAUGGAAACCCUCUAAACAAAUAUAUUAGACAUUAUGAAGGAUUAUCUUAUAAUGUGGAUUCAUUACACCAAAAACACCAGCGUGCCAAAAGAGCAGUUUCACAGGAGGACCAGUUUUUACGUCUAGAUUUCCAUGCACUUGGAAGACAUUUCAACCUGCGAAUGAAGAGGGACACUUCCUUGUUUAGUGACGAAUUUAAAGUAGAAACAUCAGAUAAAGUACUUGAUUAUGAUACCUCUCACAUUUACACUGGACAUAUUUAUGGUGAAGAAGGAAGCUUUAGCCAUGGGUCAGUAAUUGAUGGACGAUUUGAAGGAUUCAUCCGGACUCGUGGUGGCACAUUUUACAUUGAGCCAGCAGAGAGAUACAUUAAAGACCGGGUUCUGCCAUUUCACUCUGUCAUUUAUCAUGAAGAUGAUAUUAACUAUCCUCAUAAAUACGGGCCCCAGGGGGGCUGUGCGGACCAUUCAGUGUUUGAAAGGAUGAAGCAGUACCAGAGGACGGGGGUAGAGGAAGCAACACAGAAACCUCAAGAGGAGCAUGCUCCUAAUGGUCCAGAACUCCUGAGGAAAAAACGUACGACACUAGCUGAAAGAAAUACUUGUCAGCUUUAUAUUCAGACUGAUCACCUCUUCUAUAAGUACUAUGGGACACGAGAAGCUGUGAUUGCCCAGAUAUCCAGUCAUGUUAAAGCAAUUGAUACAAUUUACCAGACCACAGACUUCUCCGGGAUCCGAAACAUCAGUUUCAUGGUGAAACGCAUAAGAAUCAAUACAACUGCUGACGAAAAGGAUCCCUCAAAUCCUUUCCGUUUCCCAAAUAUUGGCGUGGAGAAGUUUCUGGAGUUGAAUUCUGAGCAGAAUCACGAUGACUACUGUUUGGCCUAUGUCUUCACAGACCGAGACUUUGAUGAUGGGGUUCUCGGUCUGGCUUGGGUUGGAGCACCUUCAGGAAGCUCUGGUGGAAUCUGUGAAAAAAGUAAGCUCUAUUCUGAUGGUAAGAAGAAGUCCUUAAACACUGGAAUUAUUACCGUCCAGAACUAUGGGUCUCAUGUACCUCCCAAAGUGUCUCACAUAACUUUUGCUCAUGAAGUUGGGCAUAACUUUGGAUCUCCACAUGAUUCUGGAACAGAGUGCACACCAGGAGAAUCUAAGAAUUUAGGACAAAAAGAAAAUGGCAAUUACAUCAUGUAUGCAAGAGCAACAUCUGGGGACAAACUUAACAACAAUAAAUUUUCACUCUGUAGUAUUAGAAAUAUAAGUCAAGUUCUUGAGAAGAAGAGAAACAACUGUUUUGUUGAGUCUGGCCAGCCCAUCUGCGGGAACGGGAUGGUGGAGCAGGGCGAGGAGUGCGACUGUGGCUACAGCGACCAGUGCAAGGAUGAGUGCUGCUUCGACGCCAACCAGCCGGUGGGGAAGAAGUGCAAGCUGAAGCCCGGAAAGCAGUGCAGUCCAAGCCAAGGUCCUUGCUGUACAGCACAGUGUACAUUCAAGUCCAAGUCUGAGAAGUGUCGGGAUGAUUCCGACUGUGCGAGAGAAGGGAUAUGUAAUGGCGUCACAGCUCUGUGCCCGGCGUCUGAUCCUAAACCAAACUUCACAGACUGUAACAGGCAUACACAAGUGUGCAUUAAUGGGCAAUGUGCGGGCUCCAUCUGUGAAAAGUAUGACUUGGAGGAGUGUACCUGUGCCAGUUCUGAUGGCAAAGAUGACAAGGAGUUAUGCCAUGUCUGCUGCAUGAAGAAAAUGGAGCCUUCCACCUGUGCCAGCACAGGGUCUGUGCAGUGGAGCAAGCAUUUCAGCGGUCGCACCAUCACCCUGCAGCCUGGGUCUCCUUGCAAUGAUUUCAGAGGCUACUGUGAUGUUUUCAUGCGGUGUAGAUUAGUGGAUGCUGAUGGUCCUCUAGCUAGGCUUAAAAAAGCAAUUUUUAGUCCACAGCUCUAUGAAAACAUUGCUGAAUGGAUUGUGGCGCAUUGGUGGGCCGUGUUGCUCAUGGGCAUUGCCCUGAUCAUGCUGAUGGCCGGCUUCAUCAAGGUGUGCAGCGUCCACACGCCCAGCAGUAACCCAAAGUUGCCUCCUCCCAAACCACUUCCAGGCACUUUAAAGAGGAGGAGGCCUCCACAGCCCAUUCAGCAGCCACAGCGCCAGAGGCCCCGGGAGAGCUACCAGAUGGGACACAUGAGACGCUAAUUGCAGCUUUGCCUUGGUCCUUCCUAGUGCCUACAAUGGGAAAACUUCACUCCAAAGAGAAACCUGUUAAAUCAUCAUCUCCAGACUAAACCCUCACAAAUAAUAGUUGAAGAGAAAACUGGCAAGAGAUCAUGUCCUCAGACCAGGUGGAAUUACUUAAAUUUCAAAGCCUGAAAAUUCCAGUUUGGGGGGUGGGGUGGAAAAGGAACCCAAUUUUCUUAUGGACAGAUAUUUUUAACCUAAUGGCACAAAGUCUUAGAAUACUAUUAUGUGCCCUGUGCUCCCUGUUCUUCGUUGCUGCAUUUUCUUCACUUGCAGUCAAACUUGGCUCUGGAUAAACUUUUAUCAAAAUUGAAAUAUAUAUAUUUUUUUCAACUGCCAGUCAAGGCGUGGAGGCUCGACCACCUCAGCAUCGGAGACAUCCUUGCCGGUGUACAUACCUUGUUCCGUGCAGACAUGUAUUUCCUGCGUGCCCUGUACUUCUGUGUGCAAUGGUAAACAAAUUGCAAUAUGGAUGUUUCUUUGUAUUAUAAAACUUCUCUGCUCUUAAUGAAAAAUUACUGUUUAAUUGACAUACUCAGGAUAACAGAGGAUGGUAUUCAGUGGUCCAGGAUUCUGUAAUGCUUUACACAGGCAGUUUUGAAAUGAGAAUCGAUGGCCCUUUUUCUAAUGACACAGUUGGUUCUUAGGUCAUUUUUCCUUUAUCCAAUGGCUGCUGUGAGCACCAGGGACCUUGCCGAAGAAUGCGGCCGUGCGUCACGCUGGGCGCGAGCGGUGUUCUCCCGAGCUCUCUGUGGAAACAUGGUUUCUGCUUCCAUAGUUUAAACUUUCUGAUCCAGUUCCAUUUUUUGAAUUGAUAGGUGAAAUUUUACUCAUGUUUUGGUAGGAAUUAUGUCAAUGAGAUGAUUCUGUUUAUCCAAAGCUUAUUUGUGUUUUCCAUACAUCUAAAAUAUGCUAAUUGUAUUUUUGUUUGCUAUGGAAAAGAAAAGCUGUAUCUUUAUGGAAAAGAAAAGCUGUGUCUUUAUCAAGGUAUUUGAACUUUUUUCAGCAUAUCAUCACUGAUCAUUGAUAACCACUAAGGACGAGUAAUGUGCUCAACUAGUAGUUGAAGUUGUAGAUAGGCAUCUGACAUUUUUUGACCUUAAAUAUUUUAACCACAGUGAACGUGAAACAGCACAAUGUCCCAUUCCAAGUUUAUUUUUUAAGCAGAUGUAAAUAAUUGGCAUUUUUAAAGAGAAAGCAAAAUAUUAACAGGCUUAUUGCUAUGCAGGAAAUGGAAGGGGGCAUUACACAAUUUAAGCUUGUGACAUAUUUAUUGCUUCUGUUUUCAACUACAUUACUUAAAUUAGAAGUAAACAGCUAUGAUUUUCCUGGCUUCGUAUAGGAGGAAAAUUUAGGGAAAGAUGAAAUGAUUUCUGUGAUUUGGAAUUUUGUUUUCCUUUUUUCUUAAGAGUAUAAGGUUUACACAAUCAUUCUCAUAAUGUGACGCAAGCCA